AAGAUGCAGCUGUUUAGUGCUCAACUCGCCGUAGCCGGGCUGCGCCGAUCCAAUCGGGCCCGGUUGUGGGCAGUCAGUAAGAAUGGUUUUGCAAGCCAAGUCGAGUACAAACCCAUACGAUCCGUGCUGGUUGCGAAUCGAGGUGAAAUUGCCAUCCGAGUGUUUCGUGCCUGCACGGAGCUCGGAAUCCGGUCCGUUGCCGUAUACUCCGAACAGGACAAAAUGCACAUGCACCGUCAGAAGGCGGACGAAUCGUAUAUGGUGGGAAAGGGGCUGGCCCCCGUGGAAGCGUACCUGAACAUUCCGGAAAUUAUUCGAGUGUGCAAGGAAAAUGAUGUCGAUGCUGUCCAUCCUGGGUAUGGAUUUUUGUCCGAACGAUCCGACUUUGCCCAGGCUGUCAUCGAUGCAGGAUUGCGGUUCAUUGGCCCGUCGCCACAUGUUGUGCAGCAGAUGGGCGAUAAGGUGGCUGCACGUAAAGCUGCCAUCGAAGCGGGAGUUCCCAUCGUACCCGGCACAGACGGACCCGUCACUACCAAAGACGAGGCCGUAGAGUUUUGCCGCAAGCAUGGUCUACCCGUCAUUUUCAAAGCGGCGUACGGUGGCGGUGGUCGUGGCAUGCGCGUGGUUCGUAAAAUGGACGAAGUAGAAGACAACUUCAUGCGUGCCAGCUCGGAGGCAAAAGCCGCAUUCGGCAACGGGGCAAUGUUUAUCGAAAAGUUCAUUGAGCGUCCGCGCCACAUCGAAGUACAGCUGCUUGGCGACAAGGCAGGAAACGUCGUUCAUCUUUAUGAGCGUGAUUGUUCCGUACAGCGACGUCACCAGAAGGUGGUUGAAAUCGCUCCAGCACCACGUCUGCCCAUCGAAGUACGGGACAAAAUGACAGAGUACGCCGUCCGGUUGGCGCGUCACGUGGGCUAUGAAAACGCAGGCACGGUCGAAUUCCUGUGCGACGAAUCGGGCAACUUUUACUUCAUCGAAGUCAAUGCUCGACUGCAGGUGGAGCACACCGUGACUGAGGAAAUUACCGGUAUCGAUCUGGUACAGUCACAGAUUCGGGUUGCGGAAGGUAUGACCCUUCCGGAACUUGGCUACACACAGGAAAACAUUAAACCACAGGGAUACGCCAUUCAGUGUCGUGUGACGACGGAAGAUCCGGCCAAUGACUUCCAGCCUAAUACGGGUCGUCUGGAGGUGUUCCGCUCCGGUGAAGGUAUGGGCAUUCGGUUAGACAGUGCGUCAGCGUAUGCCGGUGCCAUAAUUUCACCGUACUACGAUUCACUGUUGGUGAAAGUCAUCUCACAUGCCUCCGAUCUACAGUCGUCUGCUGCAAAGAUGAACCGUGCACUGCGCGAGUUCCGUAUCCGUGGCGUUAAAACAAACAUUCCGUUCCUGCUCAAUGUGCUUGAAAAUCAAAAAUUCCUGAACGGCGUCCUGGACACAUACUUUAUCGAUGAACAUCCACAGCUGUUCCGUUUUGCUAAAUCGAAAAACCGCGCCCAGAAGCUGUUAAACUACCUGGGAGAGGUUCUGGUAAAUGGGCCGACUACGCCAUUAGCCACGAAGCUAAAGCCCGCUGAAGUGCAGCCACACGUGCCACAGCUGCCAUUGGAUCUCUCACCGGAGGCACUCGCCGAUGAAGAAGAGGGUACAAGAAAAGUUACAGAGCCACCGCGUGGUUUCAAACAAAUUCUGCAAGAGCAAGGCCCGGAAGGAUUCGCCAAAGCGGUGCGGAAGCAGAAAGGCCUUCUCCUCAUGGACACAACGUUCCGCGAUGCGCAUCAAUCGCUGCUGGCCACCCGUGUACGAACGCACGAUCUGUUAAAAAUUUCCCCAUUUGUGGCACACAAAUUUAACAACCUUUACUCACUCGAAAACUGGGGUGGUGCUACGUUUGACGUAGCGCUCCGUUUCUUGCACGAGUGCCCGUGGGAACGGUUGGAGGAAAUGCGCAAGCAGAUUCCCAACAUUCCCUUCCAGAUGUUGUUGCGCGGUGCGAAUGCCGUCGGAUAUACCAACUAUCCCGACAAUGUGGUGUACAAGUUCUGUGAAUUGUCGGUACAAUGUGGAAUGGACAUCUUCCGAGUGUUCGACUCGCUAAACUAUUUGCCAAACUUGAUCCUCGGUAUGGAAGCGGCCGGUAAUGCUGGUGGUGUAGUGGAAGCCGCCAUCUCGUACACUGGAGAUGUGAGCGAUCCGAAGAAGACAAAGUACGAUCUGAAAUAUUACACCAACCUGGCGGAUGAGCUGGUCAAGGCAGGAACACACGUGCUCUGUAUCAAGGAUAUGGCUGGAUUGCUAAAACCCCAGGCAGCCCGACUACUUAUUACGGCUAUUCGCGAGAAACAUCCGGAUGUACCGAUUCAUAUUCACACGCACGAUACCUCUGGAGCGGGUGUGGCUUCGAUGCUUGCUUGUGCCGAGGCCGGAGCAGAUGUAGUUGACGUAGCGGUCGACUCCAUGUCGGGCAUGACUUCCCAGCCUAGCAUGGGAGCGGUGGUUGCGUCACUUCAGGGCACUAAUCUCGAUACUGGGCUAGGUUUGCCGGACAUAAGCGAAUACUCUGCCUAUUGGGAGCAAACGCGUACACUUUACGCUCCCUUCGAAUGCACCACUACGAUGAAAUCGGGCAACGCCGAUGUGUACAUGAACGAAAUUCCUGGCGGACAGUACACGAACCUGCAGUUCCAGGCGUACUCGCUGGGAUUGGGAGAUUUCUUUGAGGACGUGAAAAAGGCAUACCGCGAGGCCAAUCUGUUGCUGGGUGACAUCAUAAAGGUUACACCCUCGUCAAAGGUCGUCGGUGACUUGGCCCAGUUUAUGGUGCAGAACCAUCUGACGGCCGAACAGGUGCUGGACCGUGCGGAGGAACUUUCCUUCCCCAAGUCAGUAGUGGAGUUCCUGCAGGGAGCGAUCGGUACACCGCAUGGUGGAUUCCCAGAACCAUUGCGAUCGCGUGUGCUGAAGGACAUGCCCCGCAUCGAGGGACGUCCCGGAGCGCAGCUUGCCCCGCUUGACUUCGAUGCACUCAAGAAAUCACUUCAGGAAUCUCAUCCAGACGUGCAGGACCGUGAUGUCAUGUCGGCCGCACUCUACCCUCAAGUUACGAACGAUUUCCUUAACUUCCGUGAUACGUUCGGUCCGGUGGACAAACUAAAUACGCGCGUCUUCCUGACCGGUCCGAAGGUGGGCGAAGAGUUUGAAGUUACCAUUGAGAAGGGUAAAACGCUCGGCUUUAAGACGCUAGCCAUGGCGGAGGAUCUUACCGCCAACGGUGAGCGUGAGGUGUUCUUCGAGCUCAACGGUCAGCUGCGUUCGGUGCUGAUUCGGGACAAGGAAGCGGUGAAGGAGCUGCACAUUCACCCCAAGGCAACGAAGGGCAACAAGAAUGAAGUCGGAGCACCGAUGCCAGGCUCCGUUAUUGAGAUUAAGGUGAAGGUCGGAGACCACGUCGAGAAGGGACAACCAUUGGUGGUACUGUCGGCAAUGAAGAUGGAAAUGGUGGUACAAUCACCCAGAGCCGGUGUGGUGAAAACACUGGACAUUAGCAACGGCAUGAAGCUGGAGGGAGAAGACUUAUUGCUGACCCUGGAAUGA